AUGACGGUUAAAAUCCCUCCCCUAUCAAUGAACCCUUAUGUAUUAGUUAUUUUAUUGUCCAGCCUGGGAUUAGGAACCACACUAACCUUCGCAAGCUCCCACUGACUACUAGCCUGAAUAGGAUUAGAAAUUAAUACCUUAGCUAUUAUCCCUCUCAUAGCGCAGCAACAUCACCCACGAGCAGUUGAGGCUACAACUAAGUACUUUCUUACCCAAGCAACAGCCGCAGCAAUAAUUCUAUUUGCAGCUACAACAAACGCAUGAUUAGUGGGAGAAUGAGACAUUAAUAGCCUAUUCCACCCACUAGCAUCAACACUAGUUAUUGCAGCAUUAGCCCUAAAAAUUGGCCUGGCCCCCGUACACUUUUGACUUCCAGAAGUCCUUCAAGGACUAGACCUACUAACAGGACUAAUUUUAUCCACGUGACAAAAACUAGCCCCGUUUGCACUAAUUAUUCAAGUUGCCCCAACGAUUGACCCCUACCUCCUCUCAUCCUUGGGCCUCCUAUCAACCCUUGUGGGGGGGUGGGGUGGCCUAAACCAGACCCAAUUACGAAAAAUCCUUGCAUAUUCUUCUAUUGCUCAUAUGGGUUGAAUAUUAAUUGUUCUACAAUUUGCCCCCCAAUUAACCCUCCUAGCCCUAGGAACCUACAUUUUUAUAACAACCACAGCAUUCCUCUCAUUCAAAGUGUCACAAGCCACAAAAAUUAACACACUCUCAGUAACAUGAACAAAAAACCCAACCCUCAUGGUAAUUACAACCCUAGCAAUACUCUCCCUAGGAGGACUCCCCCCACUAACUGGGUUUAUACCCAAAUGGCUUAUUCUUCAAGAAUUAACAAAACAAGAACUUCCCCUCACAGCAACAAUUAUGGCCCUAGCAGCCCUAUUAAGCCUAUAUUUUUAUCUACGACUAUGUUAUGCAAUAGCCCUAACAAUUUCACCCACCACAACCAACUCAACCUUACCAUGACGAACCCCCAAUACCCAAUCAACUCUUACUCUAGCCCUAACCUCAUCAAUUGCCUUAGGACUCCUCCCAAUUACCCCAGCCAUCCUGGCACUGGUUACCUAAAGGCUUAGGAUAAUUAAGACCAAGGGCCUUCAAAGCCCUAAGUAGGAGUUAAAAUCUCCUAGCCUUUGGCUAAGACUUGCGGGACUUUAUCCCACAUCUUCUGAAUGCAAGCCAGACACUUUAAUUAAGCUAAAGCCUUCCUAGAUGAGAAGGCCUCGAUCCUACAAACUCUUAGUUAACAGCUAAGCGCCCAAACCAGCGGGCAUUCAUCUACUUUCCCGCCGUUGGGUGAGUAAGGCGGGAAAGCCCCGGCAGACGUCAAUCUGCGUCUUUGGAUUUGCAAUCCAAUAUGUUAUACACCACGGGGCUUGGUAGGAAGAGGACUUAAACCUCUAUCUACGGGGCUACAACCCGCCACCUGACUUCGGCCAUCCUACCUGUGGCAAUCACACGCUGAUUCUUCUCUACUAACCACAAAGAUAUUGGCACCCUCUACCUUGUAUUUGGUGCCUGAGCCGGAAUGGUCGGAACGGCUCUCAGCCUUUUGAUUCGUGCUGAGCUCAGCCAACCUGGAUCUCUCCUGGGGGAUGACCAAAUUUAUAAUGUUAUUGUUACCGCACAUGCCUUUGUCAUGAUUUUCUUUAUAGUAAUGCCAAUUCUCAUCGGUGGCUUUGGAAAUUGACUAAUUCCACUAAUGAUUGGGGCCCCAGAUAUAGCAUUUCCACGAAUAAACAAUAUAAGCUUUUGACUCCUGCCACCCUCAUUUCUACUAUUACUAGCCUCCUCUGGUGUUGAAGCCGGGGCUGGAACAGGAUGAACAGUUUACCCACCGCUGGCAGGUAAUCUCGCCCAUGCAGGUGCAUCCGUUGACCUUACCAUCUUUUCUCUUCACCUAGCAGGUGUAUCUUCAAUUCUGGGAGCAAUUAAUUUUAUUACCACAACAAUUAAUAUGAAACCCCCAGCCAUUUCACAAUAUCAAACACCCUUAUUUGUCUGAGCAGUCCUUGUAACCGCCGUUCUUCUCCUUUUGUCCCUGCCUGUCUUAGCUGCUGGGAUUACUAUGCUUUUAACAGACCGAAACCUAAAUACAACAUUCUUUGACCCGGCAGGAGGAGGAGACCCAAUCCUAUACCAGCACUUAUUCUGAUUCUUUGGCCACCCAGAAGUAUACAUUUUAAUUUUACCAGGAUUCGGGAUUAUCUCACAUGUUGUAGCCUACUACGCUGGUAAAAAAGAACCUUUCGGCUACAUGGGAAUAGUCUGAGCUAUGAUGGCCAUUGGCCUCUUAGGCUUCAUUGUCUGAGCCCACCAUAUGUUUACGGUCGGGAUAGAUGUUGACACCCGUGCAUACUUCACAUCUGCUACAAUAAUUAUUGCUAUUCCUACAGGUGUAAAAGUCUUUAGCUGACUGGCCACCCUUCACGGGGGCUCAAUUAAAUGAGAGACCCCAAUACUCUGAGCUCUAGGAUUUAUCUUCCUAUUCACAGUGGGUGGACUUACCGGGAUUGUUCUAGCUAACUCAUCCAUCGACAUUGUUCUCCACGACACAUAUUAUGUAGUUGCUCACUUCCACUAUGUACUCUCAAUGGGUGCAGUCUUUGCUAUUAUAGCCGGCUUUGUACACUGAUUCCCACUAUUUACAGGUUAUACUCUACAUAGCACAUGAACUAAAAUCCACUUUGGGGUUAUGUUUUUAGGUGUCAACCUCACCUUCUUCCCACAGCACUUCCUUGGCCUUGCAGGUAUGCCCCGACGGUACUCAGACUACCCAGAUGCCUAUACACUGUGAAACACAGUCUCAUCUAUUGGAUCUAUAAUUUCACUAGUAGCUGUAAUCAUGUUCCUAUUUAUCUUAUGAGAAGCCUUCGCCGCUAAACGGGAAGUCCUAUCCGUAGAACUAACCGCAACAAAUGCCGAGUGACUCCAUGGAUGCCCUCCCCCCUAUCACACAUUUGAGGAGCCAGCAUUUGUUCAAGUUCAAUCAAAUUAACCGAGGAAGGGAGGAGUUGAACCCCCUUGUGCUGGUUUCAAGCCAGCCGCAUAACCAUUCUGCCACUUCCUUAA